AGGAGGAGGAGGAGGAGACGCCAGAGGGUGGGAGGCCCGACGCAGCAGCGGCCGCUCGUUCCAACUUGCAGGCCCGACGCGUAAUGCGGAGCGCAGGGGCGCCCGGUUGGAGCUCCCAAAGGGGAGCCGGGAAACAACAGAUCCGGGCCGGACGAGGGCUUGGCGGCUGAGCUGAGGCGACCACAGCAGAGGGGAACGGAGGACAGACAGCCCACCUGCCGGCCGAAGGGAGAGACUCGCCAGCUGCCCUUCGCGGAACCGGAUCCUGUGCAGCGAAACUCAUGUGCAGAGAGAGACUUCGAGAUUCUCCAUGCUGGAAUGCAGAGCCCCUCAGUGAUGGCUGUUCUGAGCGGACAUGUGCUAAAGACUUGCUGUAUUUCACUGGAGGCUGAAAUAUUUCCUUAACUGGUUGGAUUGCCUGCUUGUGGGACUCCUGCUUUUCCCUGAAUAUUACCCUGUACCCCAUAGUCCCUCCUCUCGAUUCCACCCGCGGCCAUGAAUGGGCUGACGGUUAGUGAACUCUGCUGUCUCUUCUGCUGCCCGCCGUGCCCCAGUCGAAUAGCUGCCAAGCUGGCCUUCCUACCUCCAGACCCCACCUAUACAAUCGUCCCAGAGCCAGAUCCUGCGGGCAGCACCAGCAACGCCGCCUCCCGGAGUGGCACCAUGGCUCGCUGGAAGCUUCAUCUGACGGACCGAGCUGAUUUCCAGUACACCCAACGAGAACUGGACACCGUGGAGGUGUUCCUUACCAAAAGCAGCCGAGGGAACCGAGUGAGUUGCAUGUACGUCCGCUGCGUACCUGGCGCCAGGUUCACCGUUCUCUUCUCACAUGGCAACGCUGUGGAUCUGGGCCAGAUGUGUAGCUUCUACAUCAGCCUGGGCACCCGGAUUAGCUGCAACAUCUUUUCUUACGACUAUUCGGGCUACGGUGCCAGCACAGGGAAACCAUCAGAGAAGAACCUCUAUGCUGAUGUCGACGCAGCCUGGCAGGCCUUACGCACACGAUAUGGGAUCAGCCCCGAGAACAUCAUCCUCUACGGGCAAAGCAUUGGGACGGUGCCCACAGUGGACCUGGCCUCCCGCUAUGAGUGCGCAGCUGUUAUCUUACAUUCACCUUUAACUUCGGGCAUGCGCGUUGCCUUCCCAGAAACCAAAAAGACCUACUGCUUUGAUGCUUUCCCAAAUAUAGACAAGGUGUCACGCAUCACUUCCCCCGUGCUGUUCAUUCAUGGCACCGAAGACGAGGUGAUCGACUUCUCUCAUGGCUUGGCCCUUUACGAGCGCUGCCCGAAGGCAGUGGAGCCCCUCUGGGUGGAAGGAGCUGGCCACAACGACAUUGAACUCUACAGCCAGUACCUGGAGCGCUUACGCAAGUUCAUCUCACAAGAUCUGUCUGGUUAAUGCAGCUCCACCUGUCUGACCCUUCUGGCAAGGACCGCCCACCUUGACUGGGCCUGGGGAAGCAGAGGAAGCAUUUCUGGCUUUCGAAGGAGAAGGCCACUGAUGCUGCAAGCUCCAUGUUCCCAUCUGCAAAAUGGGAGUAGUUCUAUUCAUCCUUCCUCUGUUGCAGGCUUAGUCUGCGCAGGGCUCUUGAGUCUCCCCUGGUGGUUCUUCCCCAUCGCCAAGGGCCCUUUCCAGCUGUUCUCAUUUCCAGCUGCUGUCCUGGCUGUAGAUGGGCCUGAGACGGAGUCUCUAAUUGCACCUCCUCGCGGGACUCCAUAGGACUCGAGCGUUGCAGACUGUUCUAAACCAUGAACAUCUCCAUCAGGGCUACCCUCUUGUGGCCUCCGUCCAUCUUCUCACUUCCUGUGUCAGAUCCCGUUUUCUUAACGCUCCGCGUGGUGACCCAUUGAUAGCAAUAAGCCAUAGGCAGGGUGGGGCGGGAGGCAAAGCACCUUGCAUGCUGGCCAAAAACGGCUUGCUUCAGUUUGGCUGUCCAGCCCGCUGCAGCCCUUGAAGGACAAUUGACUUUCAUUCAGAUUUCCCCAGGGGUGGGGAUGGCAAACAACCACCUGGAAUUUUUCACCCGGAAGCCUGCAAAAGAACUGUUUGUGGGAUACAGCAAGGCUGCUCUACGCGUCUCGGCAUUAAUUGGGCGGGAGUGGGAGUCACUUGCCAGCUUCAUCACAACUCCUAGAUACUAUUGUUUUAAUAUUCCAUAUCCUGUCCCCUCCAGAUGUCCCCAGGGAAUGGAUUACAUUUAUUCCGGGUAUUCAAGCAAUGGGGAGAGAUCGGGGUGGGAAGUACGGGAAGAAUUCUCCAUCCAUUCAUUUUGAAAGAGGAAUAAACAAAAAAUGAAAGAUCCA